CAGACUACAAUCACUCGUUGGCGUUCGUCAGUCCUACGUAAACGCCCAUUACUAUAGCCAGCUCUCUCUUGGACUCUGGAAGAGAAUCUCUUGUAACUAAAAAAUAAUUUUUACGCCUUCCAUGUAUUGUGGGCACUCGAUUUAAGCUUACACCACUCGCACAUACGUCCGGCAAAGCGUAUAUGUCCUGAUACUAGAAAUGGACAUGCAGCACAAAUAAAUGUACGCAAGAUUCUACUGUUAAAGUGCUCUGUUCAUAUUGUUGUUAUUUAUUACCUCAUAUUCGCUUUCCAACUGUGACACUGAAUUUGUGACAAAAACUCUGAAAUACAAAGUGUAAGCUGUUGCCGAGUUCGCAAAAGGAUUUUAGCCUAUAGCAAGUGGGCAGUUUUAACUCCUUUAUACACCAGACUGCUUGAAGAAAAUGCGGAGAUGGACAGUAGGAGUGUCCCUGGUGGUUUUCUGCACAGUUGUGGGAUUUUGCCUUGGACUUCCAGAAGCCAACCCGUCACCGAAUCCUCAGCCCGAUCCAGAUCCAGGGAGAGAUAAGCGGCAGUUGUCAGUCGUCAACAGCAUGUUGCGCACUGUUGGAAAGUCAUUCCAACAAGGCAUAUCUGCCCUGGGCACCACAUUGGAUAGACAUGUAGUACCAAGAGUACGUUAUGCGGCAGAGCGCAUAUCCGAAGAUGUGGCACCCACGGUAGGUAACGCCCUACUGAGGGCUGGCAACCAUGUGGUAGUUCGCACGGCCGAAGGGCUGCAGGCGACAUCCAAGUUCGUGGUUAACAAAGUCAUGCCCGCCAUUGAGGACACGAUUGUCGACGUAAGUAACGCCGCUGUCCCCUACAUUAACAAGGGCAUUGAUGUCAUUGAGUCGGGCAUUCAAAAGAGUGCCAGAAUAGUGUCGAAGUCGACAGCCAAGGGCAUCGACCGACUUGGCAUGCGGGUAUUGGGCGAGCAGAGACACAGCCGCAUUAAAACAAUCGCUAACAACAUCCAAGGGGGUAUUAGCAAUGGCAUUAACAACUUAGCCGGUGCAAUUAGUAGCUUGAACUCCCCCUCCACUCCUAACCCAGACUAUUAUACAAACCAAGACUACCAUGACUAUGUCGUUUCCCAAUACGCCGACGGACAAACUGGAUCAAACCUGUACUCCCAAGACUACCCACAGUACAGCCAUUACUCCCCGGACUACCCCCACGAUGCUGAGUACCCUUCUCGCCCAGUUCAGCUAUUCCAACCCAACCGAGACAACAACCAAGGACUCGGCGGAACGGGAGGGAACGGAAACGGCAUCGUGCAAGUGGUGGACAACGCAGCAUACGCCCUCUCCAGACAGUUCCUGGGACAAAACUUGACCAACGCUCUCGCUCCCAUCGCAAAGAGGGUUUCUAACGCCGUUGGGCAAACUAUUAUACCAGCAGUUUCAUUCGGUGACGGGCGAAUAGUGAUAGAUCUCCCUGGGAAUACGGAAGAAACGAGCAACCCGCAGGCGGAGAAGUCGGACAAUGUCAGGAGUUGCACCACACCAGGCGGAGGGCAGGGCUACUGCAAGGACCUCAGUGACUGCCCUGACCUCAUCCUUGACCUCACCAACCUGAGGAAAUCGGUGUGCUUCAAGAGCCUUUUCGUUCCGGGCGUGUGUUGCCCUGCUGGGGCAGACGAGGGUGGAAACAGCAUCAACAACAACGACGUCCCUCCGCCCUCGACAAACCGCCCUCGACCGCCCAUCGCUCGACCACCUCCCCCUCCUCCUUCACCAGUGGCAGGGACAACUCUUCCACCUCGACCCAUCCAGCCCAUCGCCGAAGACGAUAAGAAUGAUGCUUUCCAAUGUGGAAAACCUGUGAUCCCCACAUUCCGUGUGGUAGGUGGCCAAGAAUCACGUCGAGGACAGUGGCCUUGGAUGGCAGCCAUAUGGCUGCAUGGACCAAAGAAAACAGAAUUUUGGUGUGGGGGCUCUUUAAUAUCUAGUGAAUACAUCCUUACAGCUGCUCAUUGCACCAAAGAUUCCCGAGGAAAGACGUUCAAUCCACAGCAGUUCAGCGUGAGACUUGGUGAUCACAACAUCUUCAGCGAGAGUGAUGAUUUCAUCUCGAAUCCUCAGACCUACAGGGUAAUCAGCAUUCGACCACAUCCAGAUUUCAAGUCUCAUGGGUUCUACAAUGAUGUGGCUCUACUCAAACUGGAUCGAAAGGUUGACUUCAGUGAAUACAUUCUGCCAGUGUGUCUUCCCACAGACAGUAUGGCAAGGCAGCCGCUGGAUCAUAUGGUUGGGCAGACACCCUCGGUCAUUGGCUGGGGAUCCACCUACUAUGGUGGCCGUGAAAGUGCAACUCUUAGGGAAGCACAGCUACCUGUGUGGUCAAACAGCGACUGCGAUGAUUCCUAUUUCCAGCCCAUUACAGAAGUGUUCUUGUGUGCUGGUUUUGUGGAAGGAGGCCGUGAUGCUUGUCAGGGAGACAGUGGUGGACCCUUGCAGCUCUAUGCGGAAGGGAAGUGGACUCAAAUAGGUUUGGUAUCAUUUGGCAACAGAUGUGCAGAACCUGGUUAUCCAGGGGUUUACACAAGAUUAACACAUUUUAUGCCUUGGAUAAGAAAUAAUAUGAGCUGAAAACUGUAAAAACCUGUUUUGGCAGUAGAAAUACAUUUUUAAAACAGACCAGUAAUGAAGUUUCUCACAGCAAUUAUACUUGCUAAGUCAAGAGGAGAACAGUUCUUUAAACUUUUUUUAUAAUGUACUUUUAAUUCAUAACUCUGUGAUACUUCAGAUCUCUUCUCUGAUGUAAUGUAAAUAUUCUAUUCUCUUGAUUUUAAAGUAAUUUAAAUAUGUACACAAUAAUUUCGAAUUGCAUUUUCAUGAAUUUUAUUUUUUUGCCAAUUCUGAAUGAUUUGUAUAACAAGUCAGUUGCCAGAAAUUACAAAAAUCUGCACAGGAAAUUUUUGACGACUAAACAUUAGGUUUUUUUUUUAUUUUCACAAACUGCUACUGUUAGGGUGGAACAUCUUCGUUAGGAACAAGGUUUAAAUGGUAUUACACCUGCAGCAUAUUUAUCCAAUGCAUCACAUUUUACACUAGUCAUCCAUGAAGUAUACUGUUACUAUACAUGUCUUAUGUACUGUAAACCAGGAUCCAGAUGAACUGGUAGCAAAGACUUGAAAAGUCAGUGACAUAACAUAGUUCAAUUUUAAUAAUUUAUUACAUACUUCUGUAGGAAACACAGAUGCCCUUUCCGCUGUUCAUUAUGGUCACAAUUAAGUUUUAAUGACUAGGAUUUAACCAUUUUAACUUUACUCUUGGUGUUCUUGGUUUGUUUGUCAUUUCAUCACAUCAAAAAUACUUUUGCCCAUUCAUCCAUAUGUCACAAACUGUAUUUACCUUAAAUGCUUGUUAUAUUCGAAGUUCUUGUUAAUUUAGUCUUUGUGUGUUGUUAAUAUACUACAAAGGUAGUUGCCCAUAUUGUAAGUCUUAGGACUACUUACCCUCCUUGGCCAUCCUAAAACUGCUGGCCGUUAUAUUAGAAUCAUUAGUCAACCACAACAAACAGAAGAUAAGCUGUCCUGUCUAAAUCCAUUCCCCCUUCAAUGUUUCCAAAUUAACGCCACUCCUAUUAACUCUUGGUGAACUUGAAUUCGUGGCAAUAUAAUCCCUACACAACUGAUCCUUGGGUAGUUUAAUAAAGUGGAAAUCAAUGUCUUCCCUAAUGCAGGGAGAGGUACAGUGCAGUACUAAUAUUGUAAUAUUACCAAGCAAUAUUUAGAUCUUGACUCCUCCAUAUAUUCCAAAAAUUAUUUAGCCUUAACUUUUCAAGUUCUGGCUUUCCCCUUGUGUCAUUGUAUGUCUGAUAAAUUUCUCUCGUGCAUUGCUAGCCUUAAAUUCCUAUCUGGUCUAGUUCUGCAAUAUUUUUCCUAAAAUAUUUUAUGCAUACCCCUCUGUAACUAUUAUUACCUUCUCUGAGUCCUUCUCUUACCUUUUUCAUAUGGGCCAGAGACAAUGGAUGUAGAUUAUUAUCCUGAACAGACUUAUAGUACAUAGCCUGCACUGUCAUAAUCUGGCUUUUUUGCUUUUGAAGAACAUGCAAUUAAAUACUGUGGACACAUCUUUCAUUUUUAAUACUGAUGGGCCUAAAUGUAUGAAUGGAAAACAGCAGGAGUAAUAGCCAAUGAAUGCAAAUCUUUGCCAUGUAGGCCCUUGCUUAGUGAAUUCAAUACAAUCUGCAAGCAAAUGACUAAGCCAAAGUUGCCCAAGGAUUACUGUUUUGGAGCAUUCUAGUAGUACUCUGGUCUGGAUGUCUUGGACACCAUAUGAUUUAGACACUUACUAUGAGAUUCAGGGUCUCUGUAACACGGUUUUUUGGACUUUGCUCCUUGUCAAAGCAUCGGAUGUAGCUGAAAGUUGACAUAUGUAUAUUUUACAACCACACACAAAUUUUGUCGGCUUUAUUAAUAACCUAAACCCGAUAGUUUUAAUUUUUAUAGAGUAAAAAUGAUCUAGCCGACGCCAUGGCCAAUGAUUACGAGCCAAGAGUCGAAAAACAUUCAUUACGUAAGCAAGGUAAACAAACAUCUUUUGACUAAAUGUUGCCCCGCCCAUCCACCAGACAGAAAUUCCAUCGGCUCUGAAACCCAAAGACUUUAUGAAUGGCGGAACGAUACAUAGAUGUGGGUGGGGUAUCAGUGCUAGCGUAGUAAUACUACUGUAGCAGUAGUGCCGCAACAGUAUAGCAGUAAUAUACAUGAAUUAAACGUUAAGGCCAACUGCUGGGAUCCUUGAGGAUCAUUUAGCACUUCUUACAACUACUCGAGAAGUGAGUUUUUAUAGCCAGAAGUUAAAUUUUCUAAUCCAACAAUGCCCAUGGUAGCCUUCAGUGUUAUCCUGAAUUAUAACGAGGCGAAAGUGGGUGGAGCCUCAUGAAAUCACCAUUCUGACGAUAAUUAUUGGUGAAGGUUUAAAGCCAAUAUACGGUACCGGCUAUUUUUUUCAGUAAAUAGGUAGAUAGCCAAUAAAUAAAAAUUGCUUGACAUUGGAUAUAGCAGUUAUCAAAUCAAGCUUGUCUACUAUGUUUUUGAUAAUUACCAACUAUUCCCUACAUCUUGUCAAUCUGAUUGUGACCUAUAAAGUAGACUGUAAUUUCUUUGGAAACUUAUUUUGGGAGUUAGACUAAUAAUCGAAGUGUUUUUGUAUUUAUUAACCUAUUUUGUUGGUUUGUUCAUUAUGACAAUUAUCAGUGGAGAGGUUCCAGAGUUCAUAAAGGUGUACUGCUUUGCUUGUAUUUAAAUUUGUAUGUCAUUGUUGCCAGAGGUUUAGCCUUCGUUACAUAUAGCCAAUCAUCCAUCGAGAAAGAGGGAAGAAAUGCUGUCUUAAGUUACGUAACGAGUGCGUUCGAAACCUUUUCUCUGAGUAAGUUGGCCCGUCUUCAAAAAAGGUCACUUUUACAUUAUAAGUACCAAAUUUAUUCAACCUACGCAGUGCAGAAUAUACUCAAAAUUUAUGUGUUGAUAUAAUAUGUAUUCUGAAUAAGCGUUAUAUUUAUGAAAUGCAUAGAUAAAAAGUUAUUGCGAAAAAACCGUGUUACAGAGGCCCUGAAUCUCAUAGUAGUUUGCCUUGUGUGGCAGUGUCUGUAGAAGGUACUUCGGUCUUGACAGCAUACCUUUUGCCCCUCAGUAUUUCUUUCCAUCGAUUCCUUUUGGUCUUCUACUUUGGUAUCCAACUUGUUAACUUUUACAUUUCUUAAAUUUUUACCUCUAAUUUAAUGACAAAUUCCUUAAGGUGAGCCAAACGAGUCUAGAAAUGAGACUUGGUCCCAGAAUAAUUUUGAAUAAUCACCACAGCCUCAGUUUGUGUUUUUCAACAUAUUUCCACAUUUGCAUGGUGGAAACAGGUCAGUAAGUGUAAAUAUUCAGUUUGUUGGGGUUACUUCAACAGUAUAUUAUUUAAAACUGUAAUAAGCAUGAACUGAAUACUGUAUCAACUUAUUAAAAAAAGUAUUUUACAGUACUUUCUGUAAAUAAAAGCAUUUUUUCAA